UAUAAAUAAUAAUUGAGUUGCGAGAUUGGCAAGCAAUUGAAAGAGGUCUGCUUUCGAGUCAAUCCUUCUUCACACUUCGAACCAAUCAAGUCUUAAAAAGAUGUCAAUCAGCGGAGCUUUCGUUGGAGUAACGCUGUUACAUUUGAUUGUUUGCAGUGCUAUGGCGGAUGGCCCCUUCUAUUAUCAACCCGAGCAAGUUCAUUUAUCUUACGGAGAUGAUCCUACUCAGAUGGUGGUUACUUGGGUGACAAUGAGUGAGACUAACUCUUCAAUGGUUGAAUAUGGUCAGGAUUCAUUAAAAUACAUGGUUCCAGGUACUGAAACCCUCUUUAUAGAUGGUGGCUCUGAGCAACGGCAUAUUUAUAUGCAUCGGGUCACAUUAACUCAACUGGAUCCAGGCCAGAAAUACAGGUAUCAUUGUGGAGGCUUAAAAGGAUGGAGCGGAAUUUUCUUCUUCAAAGCAAUGAAAUCUGGCCAGAAUUGGAGUCCUAAACUGGCAGUUUAUGGAGAUAUGGGUAAUGUAAAUGGACGUUCUAUUCCAAGACUCCAAGAAGGUGCACAGCGUGGAUUCUUUGAUGCGGUUUUACAUGUUGGUGAUUUGGCAUACAACAUGGACACUGAUAAUGCUCGAAUGGGAGAUGCUUUUAUGCGCCAAAUUGAACCAAUUGCUGCCUAUAUUCCAUAUAUGGUAUGUCCUGGUAACCAUGAAGAAGCAUAUAACUUCUCCAAUUACAAGAGUAGAUUUUCAAUGCCAAAGAAUGGAGAUGGUGAGAACAUGCUUUAUAGCUUCAACAUUGGUCCAGCUCACAUUAUAAGUUUCAGUUCAGAAGUUUAUUACUACUACGUUGACUAUCACUAUACAGAUUACCAGUAUAACUGGUUAAAGAAAGAUCUGGAAGAAGCUAAUCUCCCUGAAAACCGUGCCAAACGUCCAUGGAUUAUGGCUAUGGCUCAUAAGCCAAUGUACUGUUCUAAUAAUGAUGAUCCUACCAUGUGUAAUAACAAAACCAAUCCUGUACGGGUCGGCCCUGCAUUUGAACCUGAGAAAGGCUUGGAAAACCUUCUCUGUAAUUAUGGCGUAGAUAUUUAUUUCUCAGCCCAUGAACAUUCAUAUGAAAGAAUUUUCCCAAUUUAUGAUUUUGUGGUAAAGAAUGGUUCCACAAAGAAUCCUUACAAAAACCCUAGGGCAACAGUUCACAUAGUGACUGGUUCUGCUGGCAACGUUGAAGGCCAGGAUCCAUUUAUGAAGAUGCCAGUGGACUACAGUGCAUUUCAAAGUGAUGAUUAUGGUUACACUUUAACAACUAUCCACAAUAACACACACAUUCAUCUAGAGCAGGUUUCAGAUGAUAAGGGUGGUGUCGUCAUCGAUGAUAUUUGGCUUACAAAAAACCAAGAUCGUCCAAACUUCAAGUGUAAAAAAAUUAGAAGAUAAAUAUUAUUUAAUUUUCUUGUGAAACAGAA